GGCCAGAGAAGACGUGGGGCGGAGCCACGUUGACGUGGGGGUGGGGCUUGAGGCCGUGAGGUGCGGGACCAGCGGCUGACUUACUGGACUACGCGGAAAACCUUUGCCUCGUCAUGGACCCCGAGUGCUCCCGCCUUCUCCCGGCUCUCUGUGCUGUUCUGGUGGAUCCCAGGCAGGCAGUGGCAGAUGACACCUGUUUGGAGAAGCUCCUGGACUGGUUUAGAACUGUGACCGAGGCUGGCUCCAGCCUGCUGCUGCUGCAGGAGAACCCCUGCCUGGUGGACCUGCUGUCCCAUGUGCUGGACCUUAAGCCACAGGAUGUAAGCCCCAGGGUCCUCUCCUUUUCCCUACGCCUGGCUGGAACGUUUGCAGCCCAGGAAGACUGCUUUGAGUAUCUCCAGCAGGGGAAGUUGCUGCUGGGGCUCUUUGGGGAGGCAGGACCCCUCAGCUGGGCUGUCUGGAGCGUCCCCACUGUGCGAAGUGGCUGGAUCCAGGGCCUGAAAUCCCUGGUACAGCACCCCAGUGGCCUGCACUUCCUGGGGGACAGCGGUGCGGUUGAUGCCCUCUUCUCCCUGCAGGGAGAUUCCAGCCUGUUUGUAGCCUCUGCUGCCAGUCAGCUCCUGGUGCAUGUCCUGGCUUUGUCCAUGCAAGGCAAGGCCAAGGGGUCCCCUAGCCCAAAGGGCAAUGCCUGGCCCGCAUGUGCCCAGAAGAUUGUGGCCCACGUAGAAGCGUCCUUGUGUUCUGCAGCUGUCCUGCAAGUCACUCAGGCCCUGAACGUCCUCACCACCACCUUUGGGCGCUGCCACAGCCCCUGGACAGAGGUCCUCUGGGGGCAGCUGAGUCCCCUGGUGGCUCACCUGUUGGAGAGUGAUCCCAUCCCAGCUGCACACUCGCUGGUGGACCUUCUCCUCAGCGUGGCCCGUUCUCCUGUGUUUGCUUCUGCAGACUGUGCCCUGUGGGAGACUAUGGCCCGGAUGCUGAGCUGCCUGAGCCCCACGCAAGCUGGGCCUCUGGCCUUAGGGACCUUGAAACUUCAGCACUGUCCACAGGCACUGAGAUCCCAGGCCUUCGCGGUUCUCCUCCAGCCCCUGGUCUGUAUCCUGAGAGCCACUGCUCAGGCCCCUGGACCUCCAGGCCUGCUGGAUGAGACUGUUGAGGGUGACUCCAUGACAGUGGAUACACUCCUGUCCUCCAAGUCGGCCUGUGUGGGGCUCUUGUGCCAGACUCUGGCCCACCUGGAGGAGCUGCAGCCACUGCCCCAGUGCCCCUUGCCUUGGCCUCAGACACUCCUGAUGGAAGCUGUGGUGAUCAUCCUGCGGCUCUGCGAUGGCUCAGCAGCCCCCAGCUCCAGUGAGGGGCGCCGCCUCUGUGGGGCCCUGGCAGGCUGCGUUCGGGUCCAGCGAGCAGCCCUUGGCUUCCUAGGGAUGCUGUCUCAGGGAACAAGCUCCUGGGAGCUGGUGCCACAGGUGUUUGCCAUCCUCUUGGAGACCCUCGAGAGCCCCGCCUCCAGCCCGACGGUUCUGAAGAAGGCUUUCCAGGCCACACUCCACUGGCUCCUGGACACACCCAAGCCCCCUGGCUGUUUGGGCCUUGGCCCACAUGCCCCACUGUUCCUCAGAGAGCUAUUCCCUGUGCUGCAGAAGCGCCUGUGCAGCCCCUGCUGGGAGGUGAGGGACUCAGCGCUGGAGUUCCUGACGCAUCUGAGUGCAUGCUGGGGAGGGGAAGCCGACUUCAGGGAGGCGCUCCUUGCUUCCGAGGUACCCAAGCUCACAUGGCAGCUCCUUCGAGACCCUGAGAGCUAUGUCCGUGCGAGUGCAGUGACCACCAUGGGGCAGCUCUCCAGCCAAGGCCUACAGGCUGCCUCCAAUAGCCCUGGGCAUUCGGAGGUUCAACAGGGCCUGGUUGGGGAGCUCCUGCAUAUCCUGUCUGUGGACUCAGAGGGCUUCCCGCGAAGGGCAGUUGCCCGGGUCUUCACCGAGUGGCUGAGGAACAGCCAUGCUGAUGUGGCCCGGGACACAGAGUGGUUUGUGGCCACCGUGCUCCAGAUGGUGAGCCAGGACCUGGACUGGGAGGUCCGGGCCCAGGGUCUGGAGCUGGUGCAGGUGUUCCUGGCCCAGACACUGGGGCAGCCCAACCCACCCUGUCCCUAUGCUGUGGCCCUACCCAAGGUCACCCCACCCAGCCCACUCCCUGAGGUGCUGCAGACUCUCUGCCAGAUGCAGAUCUUUGACUUUGCCUUUCGUGCCUUGUUCGACUGUGAUCGACCUGUGGCACAAAAGGCUUGUGAUCUCCUCCUCUUUCUGAGGGACAAGACUGCUCCCUGCAGUGGCCUGCAGGAGCCUGGGAACAGCUCUGAUGUGGCCUCUGUGGAGGCCACCCUGGAGAGGUGGCAGGCAGGUGAGCAGGGCCAACCCCUGGGCAGCCUGGAGCCCGAGGUGGUGCUGGCCGCCUUGAGGUCCAUGGAUCUGGAGGGCCUCCAAGGCAGGCUGGCUGAGAGCAGUGACCAUGUGGAGAAGAGCCCCCAGUCACUCCUGCAAGACAUGCUGGCCACGGUGGCUGUGCUGGAGGAGAAUGUGGCUGACUGCUACUGAAGCCAGCACAAGUACUGCUACUUGUGGGCUCCAAGCAGGACUGGCUGCACAAAGGAUGCCCCCCACCAGAUGAGAAAACCCCACAUUUUGGUGAAUUAUUAAAAGAAAUAGCUCAUUUUCUACUUAAAACAUUCCAGUCAAUUUUGCCUGUGGCUUAAGCCCAGGCUCCAGUUCGUUUUUCUGCAUGUGGCUUUCAGGUGUCCCCCUACCGUUCACAAAGGAGCCUGCCGCCUCACUUCAUGUGUGCUUUCUGUCCCUCAGUGGAUCCAUGACCCCUGGGAAAGGGCUCCUUCCUGGGCUCUGCUCGCUCCUGCUGCAUAUGUCUGUCUUUAUUCCACACUGACCGUUGCCCUAUAGUAGACAGUAACAUGAGACAGUAUGAUGCCUACACCUGCUUUUCUUUCUCAGCAUUGCUUUGUUACUUGGGGUCUUUUGUAGUGCUAUAUGAACUUUGGGAUUGCUCUUUCUAUUGCUGUUGAGGUUUUCGUAGAAAUGACAUUGAGCCUGUAGGAGACUUUGGGGAGUAUGGCCAUUUUGAUACCAUUACUAAUCUCAACCCUGGAACUCAGGACAUUGUUUUUCUUUUUUUGGUACCAGAGAUUGAACUCAGGACCUUGAGCUUGUGAGGCAGGCACGAUGCAGGACAUUUUGAAUAUAUUUGGGUCAUAUUUUCCUUCACUCAUGUAUUAGCAUUUUCAGUGUGCAGGGUUUUCACCUUUUUAAAUUUGUUACUAAGUACUUUAUUCUGUUUUCCUGUGUGUGCAUGCAUGUGUGUGUGUGUCUGUGUGUGUGUGUGACUGGGGAUUGAAAUUAGGGAUGCUGUGCCACUACAUACAUCCCCAGCCCUUUUUAUUUUUUUAUUUUAAGACAGUCUUUCCUUAGUUGGCCAGGCUG